AUGAGUGAUUUAGAAAAUGAAAUUCUUGAACUUAUUGGCGGCGAGGGAAAAACUUCAACUGAAGCCACUACCUCUACCUCUACUUCUAAUAGAUCAGAAAAAAGAGUAAAAACUAAAAGAAAAAAAGCAUUAUCUCGUCGUGGUAAUUAUUCCGAAGAGGAUGGCGAUGCUAAUAAUAAUAAAUCUGAAUCAUUUGGACCAGAUUUAUAUCAUGAUGAUGUUGACAGAGAAAGGUUAGAAAAUUUACCAGAGUUAGAAAGAGAGCAAAUUCUUGCAUCAAGAGCUGAAAAAAGACAACAUAAUAUGGAUUUAAAUGUUAUAAAAAAUUUAUAUGAUGAAGAUGAUAUAAUUGAAGAAGAAGUUGGUAGUUCAAAAAGAAGACCAUCAAGAAAAAAGAAAGAUUUACAAAAAGCAGAUUUGGCAGAAUUAAAAAGAAGACCUCUUUCAAGUGAUGAUUCAAAUGAUAAAUCUCACAAUGAUGAUAUUAAAAUAGAUGAUUUAAAGAAAGUCCAGAUUACACGUUCUCAAGUUGCUAAAUGGAUGUUUACUCAAUAUUUUGACAAGACUGUUAUAGGAAGUUUUGUAAGGUUAAAUAUAGGAAAUAAAGAUGGAAGACAAAUUUAUCGCAUUUGUGAAGUAAUUGGAGUUGAAGAAGUAUCAACACCAUACUUUAUUGAAAAAUCUAUAACCAAUAAAGUUUUUCUAUUAAAACAUGCAGAAGCAGUAAAACAAUUCAAUAUUCAAAAUAUUUCAAAUAAUUGCUUUGAUCAAUUACGAAUGCCUUCUUUUGAAGAUAUUCAAAAGAAACAGUUGCAGAUAAAAGAUGCAAAUGAACAUAAUCUUACACAUCAGGAAGUUGAUGAAAUGACAUUGCCAAUUUUAGAAACUGGGAGAAUUGCUGUUAAAAAAAGAAAAAAAAUACCCAGGAAAAAUUUGGAUUCAAUAUUACAUGAUGAUAUACUUGAUAUAAAACUUGAACCGACAGAUCCUAAUUAUAGGUUUCGAAAAGCCAUCAAUAGAAAGUUGAAAAAACUAGAAAAAUUACUUUAUAGUGCAGAUAUUGAUAUGAGACUUGUACCUGAUCCUAGAUAUGAAAUAGUUAGAGAACUUGUAGAAACAGAAUAUGAAAAAAAAUAUGAAAAUUUUCGAAGAACAAUAAUUUAUUAG